AUGUCUGACAGAUCUGAGGUGCCCGACUUUCCACCCAGAGCUCCGGAAUCACCUGGACUUCCUGAACGUACUGGCUCACACCCCAUUACGUUCGUACCUGCACCGUUUGCGAGAAGACCAGUACCAUCUUACCCCCAGCGCGCCGACUAUGCAGACCUUGACCCUGAUUUCCCUCGCGCAUCAUUUGUGAUGGGCCCCGUGCCGCUAGCUUCUCCAUGUGCAAAGAUCAAUUGCAACGGACCUGCUCCAAUUGAGCGUCGAGCCGAAGAAAAUAACCCUCACCGAACUCGUUGGGUAGGAUAUGACCGUUCUAGAUACGCGAUGAAUGGUGGUUGGGAGGAUCCAAACGAGACCGCAGCAGUGCCGAAUGAGCAGGUUCUAGAGAGUAUAGAGGCGGAUGGAGACCCGCUCAUUGCGUUGCGACAGACUGCCAGUGACAGUCAGACAGUAAUUCGACGUGAGCUUGAAAGACGGGUAGUUUUGGAAGACGAGAAUCGGGGACUGAUAGGGAGGAAUGAAAGAGUGGAAAACGACAAUGAAGCACAUAUAAAGAGGAACCGAUACCUUGAGCGAUCACGACAAGAUGAUAGAAAUGAUCUGGCCUUGGUCCAGCAGCAGCGGGACAUACUCCAGAGGCAACUAAAUCUGGCUAGGAGCCAAGCAGAGCGACUCCGCAUGGAGCGCGACGAGCCAGAAGAAGCAUACCGUCGCAGGGAAGCUCAGCAACAGGAGUUUGAGCAUGCGAUAGAAAGGAUUCGAGAUCUUGAAGAGUCUGAAGUUAGUCUGAGGACUGAGCUGGAUUUGGCCCUGACGACAGUAGACCGGUUACGGACGGAGAGGAAUCGAUUGGAGAAUAGCCGAGAGCAACUUGAGAUGGAGCGAGACCACUAUGAGACUGAGCGAGACCGAGAGCGAAGCCAUAAUCAUACCUUGCGAAACCAAAAUCACGACUUACAGCAACAAGUCAUAUACUUGGUCAAUCAGCUCCAAGCUGCACAAGCCGUUGCCAUCCCACCUGUUGUCGUCCCGCGUCCAGUCAACACGGCUACAGUCAAUGCGCCUCAUAUUGUUUCCCCUCCUUUACAGCGCCUUCAGCGGGAACAUUGA